GCCGGGGGCAGCGCGAUCCCGCAGGGCCCUGUGAGCCCCCAGCGCCACGGCACCAUGUUGCUGGUUGAGAAGACGACCGACUCACCGGCGGCGGAGUUCUCGCUGGUGGAGGACGUGGCACUGCACUUUGCCUGCUUGAUGGGCCGCCUGAACGAGCAGCGCCUCUUCCAGCCUGACCUCUGCGACGUGGACCUCGUGCUGGUGCCCCAGCGCAGCGUCUUCCCAGCGCACAAGGGCGUGCUGGCCGCCUACAGCCAGUUCUUCCACUCGCUCUUCACCCAGAACAAGCAGCUGCAGCGGGUGGAACUAUCCCUGGAGGCUCUGGCUCCUGGCGGCCUGCAGCAGAUCCUCAACUUCAUCUACACGUCCAAGCUGCUGGUCAACGCAACCAACGUGCACGAGGUGCUCAGCGCUGCCUCGCUGCUGCAGAUGGCCGACAUCGCCGCCUCCUGCCAGGAGCUGCUCGACGCCCGCUCCCUGGGCCCCCCGGGCCCUGGCACUGUGGCCCUGGCCCAGCCUGCCGGCAGCUGCACCCCAGCCGCGCCGCCCUACUACUGCGACAUCAAGCAGGAGGCCGACGCCCCGGGCCUGCCCAAGAUCUAUGCUCGAGAAGGCCCUGACCCCUACUCGGUGCGUGUGGAGGACGGGGCGGGGGCCGCCGGGGGCACAGUGCCUGCCUCCAUCGGGCCAGCCCAGCCCUUCUUCAAGGAGGAGAAGGAGGGGGGUGUCGACGAGGCCGGCGGGCCCCCGGCCAGCUUGUGUAAGCUGGAGGGCGGCGAGGAGCUGGAGGAAGAACUUGCAGGCUCUGGCACCUACAGCCGCAGGGAGCAGUCCCAGAUCAUCGUGGAGGUGAACCUCAACAACCAGACACUGCACGUGUCCACGGGGCCCGAGGGCAAGCCGGGCACUGCCACGGGCCCGGCCGCUAUGAUGCUGGGGCGGGAAGACGGGCUGCAGAGACACUCGGAGGAGGAGGACGAGGAGGACGAGGACGAGGAGGACGAGGAGGAGGAGGACGAGGAGGAGGAGGAGGCCGGGGGUAGUGGAGGAGACGAGGAGGAGGGGGAGGAGGGAGAGGAGGCUGGCAGUCAGGGAGAGGAGGAGGACGAGGAGGAGGAGGGAGAGGAAGGGGAGGAGGGGCACAGCGGGCAGGAGGAGGACGAGGAGGAGGAGGAAGGACACAGCGAGCAGGAGCAAGAGAGCUCGGAGGAGGAGGAGGACGAGGAGGAGGAGGGGGACGCAGGGAGCAGGCAGGGCCCCGGGGGGCCCCGGGGCGGCCGGGCAGAGCCCCCUCCCCACAGCCGCAUGGCCACUCGGUCCCGGGACGGUGCCCGGCGCCGGCCGCCCCCUGAGGCUGAGGAGGCCGGGAGGCGGGGUGGGAAGCGGCCCAAGCCACCCCCGGGAGUGGCCCCUGCACCGGCCCGAGGGCCGCAGCCCGCCGACGGGAUGGGGGCCAAGGUGAAGCUGGAGGAGAAGCAGCACCACCCGUGCCAGAAGUGCCCCCGCGUCUUCAACAACCGCUGGUAUCUGGAGAAACACAUGAAUGUGACCCACAGCCGCAUGCAGAUCUGUGACCAGUGUGGCAAGCGCUUCCUGCUGGAGAGCGAGCUGCUGCUGCACCGGCAGACGGACUGCGAGCGCAACAUCCAGUGUGUGACAUGUGGCAAAGCUUUUAAGAAGCUCUGGUCCCUCCAUGAACACAACAAGAUCGUGCACGGCUACGCAGAGAAGAAAUUCUCAUGUGAGAUCUGUGAGAAGAAGUUCUAUACCAUGGCCCACGUGCGCAAGCACAUGGUUGCCCACACCAAGGACAUGCCCUUCACCUGUGAGACCUGUGGGAAGUCCUUCAAGCGCAGCAUGUCUCUCAAGGUGCACUCACUGCAGCACUCUGGGGAGAAGCCUUUCAGAUGUGAGAACUGCAACGAGCGCUUCCAGUACAAGUACCAGCUGCGGUCACACAUGAGCAUCCACAUCGGCCACAAGCAGUUCAUGUGCCAGUGGUGCGGCAAGGACUUCAACAUGAAGCAGUACUUCGACGAGCACAUGAAGACCCACACAGGGGAGAAGCCGUACAUCUGCGAGAUCUGCGGCAAGAGCUUCACGAGCCGGCCCAACAUGAAGCGGCACCGGCGCACGCACACGGGCGAGAAGCCCUACCCCUGCGACGUCUGCGGCCAGCGCUUCCGCUUCUCCAACAUGCUGAAGGCGCACAAGGAGAAAUGCUUUCGCGUCAGCCACCCCCUGGCCGGCGACGCGCCCCCCAGCGCCCCGGGCCUGGCCCCCGCCCAGCCCCAGGCGCACGCGCUGCCCCUGCUCCCCGGGCUGGCCCAGACCCUGCCGCCCCCGCCCCACCUCCCGCCCCCCCCUCCGCUCUUCCCCACCACUGCCAGCCCGGGCGGGAGGAUGAACGCCGGCAACUAGCUGCCAACCUGCACCGCGGACCUGGAGCCCAGGGGCCCACCCGGGAGCGACCCGCCGGGCCCUCCCCUCCCUGGGGAGGCAGCAACACGGGCCUGGAGCCUCCCGCACCCCCUUUGGUGGCUGGACUUGCUCUGCUUGAGGCCUGUGACCCUGGGGGCUGUGCUGGCUGGAGGGCCCCCUGAGCUGGUGGGGGACGCCUCACUCCCAAGUACCCCCCUUUCAGUGACUCCUUGAAGCCUUUACUUUUUUGGGGUUUUUUUUUGGGAAGUGAAGGAAAAAGAGAAGAAACUAUUUGCAGCACACCCCUCCAGGUGAGGGGGUGCGAAGGUGGCAGGUACAGUGGGGAGGAAGGGGUCUGGGCAGCAGGUGUGACUGGUCACGCCUGCUGAGGCCUGAGCCAGAGGGGUUGGCCAGGUCGCCCCUGAGUCUGUGUCAGCAGUUCAGCCCCACAUCUGUACCCCCUAAACUGUCCCCUCAUCCUAGAGGGUUUGGGGAGAACUUGGGGUGCCAGCCCCCCUUGGAGGAUUUAUGGACCUGCUCUGAGGGCUGUGGACACAGAGACAAGGGCUUGAGACUGGAGGCUGGUGAAUGUGCUGGGUGGGGAGUGGAAGGGUGUGGGGACUGUGGGCCCAGCUCUGUACCUUGUGGAGUUGGGCAGGCAGGGGCUGGACCCCAGGGAUUUGCUUUCUCUACCCACACCCCUGCUAGCAGGCACAGGGGACCCUGAGGACCCUGAGUCCUGGCGAGGACAUCCCCAGAAGCUGCUGGGCCUCAAGGUCCUACGGGCCAAACCCUGGGUAGGCAGACGGGCUGGCUCCCGCAGCACGACUCCCAGGGCUGCAGUCAGAAUCCCUGUGGAGGGGACACCCCAGGGGCAGGGCCCUAGCAGGAAGCUUGCGCAGAUGUUUUAAGGUUUCAAGGUGCUAUCAGUGAGGGCAGGGGGUGGGCUGCUGUACACAGAGCACCCUGUCCCUCACAGCUGCCCUGCUAUUUCUCCCGCGCCAGAAGGAGAUGUGUGUGUGUUUGUGUCCAUCUCCACCCCCAAAGGCAGCACCGGGGCGCAUCCUCUCCGUGGGCCUGACCACAACCAGGCUCUGGCUGGUGUCCAGCGCCCCAGUCCCUCCUGGGCCUCUGCACCGGCGGGGGUGUGGGGCGGGCACCUGCAGCGCUACCUUGAGAGGAGCCUGCAUUGCAGGCCCAGGGGCAGGGUGGAGUCCCUGGGGGGGCCCCCCUUCUGCACCCAACUCUUGCCCCCACGAGGCCAGCACUAAUAGGACACCCUUUUUUGUUGUCAUUUAACGUCCUUAUUUCCUGCCUUUAAAUUGGGGAGGAAGAUUCCAUAAGCUACAUGUUUCCUAGUUAAGCUCUCUCCUAUUGUGUUUAUAUGGUUUUGUUUGUUAUACUCUUUGCACCUUAACCCCAGGACUACCCCACACACCACCUUCCCAGCUUGUCUGGAGUGGGAAAAGGCCUGACCCCAAGGGGGACAGAGGGGACACUGGGCCCCAACAGCUCGAGGGCUGAGGGGGUCGGAGCCCCACUGACCUCCUUGUGAGGCCCAUGGCACUGGGGCAGGGGGCUGGGAUCAUUUUAAUCAUCAAUAAACUAAGCACUUUAUUCUGUACAGAUGUGGGCAGGUCCAAGGAGCCCGAGUGAUGUGAGGAUUUAUAAUCCAAGCUGCACAGCCCCGACUGUUCUCUGGGCUUGGAGGGGGCAGUGCCCUGGCCUGGUUGAGUUUGGGGCUGCAGAGGGUGGGUACAAGCCAGAGCCUACAGACUCUCUCAGGCUCCCCCGCUGUCCUCUGGAGACAAAAGAUGGGCCCCUCCCUGGAAGAGGAUGGCCCCCUGCCCUGCAGCCCCCCUACCCCAAGGCUAGGGGUCCAAUCUCUCAUGGGGUCAGGCUGGGCCUCCCAAGCUCCUGCUUUACUGUAGCUCUUCCCCCCCUUGCACCCCUUGAUCUCUUGGCUUCCAUGACGUCCUCAGGGUCCCCCCUCCCCCGCCCAUCUCCUUCCCUUUGCAAUUUCUAACCUCUGGUCCCAGUGCCUGGCAGCUCUUCAGAGCUGGCUCACAUUUUCCAAAAAAAAAGUUGAUCUCCCCAGUGGGCUGUGAACCAUGACCCUCAUGGUCUCCAAUCCCUGUCACUGGCACCAGGGUCUCCCCUAGGGGAUGGUGGCCUCGUCACCUGCUAGCCUCCCUGCGGCCUUUGAGAGCCUGGGGGGGGUCUGGUCUGUCAGGCCAGACUGACACACAGGCCAGAGAUGGGUGUGGUGGGGCUGGCACACGUGAAACCCUGUCCCAGGACCUGGAUCUCCUCUUCACGUGCACUUCCCCACAAGGGCAGGAGAAGGACCUAGAUGGCAGGAUGGGCACCAGUCAGAACGGUCACAUAGCUGCAUGAGGCGUGGCCAGUCCCUCUCCUGGAAGGCCCAUGUCCCAGUGGGGACAGGAACCCUGUGUCCCUGGUGCUAACAGCUCUGCCUUUGGGUCAGUGUUGCUGGGAGCUCCUUUCUGGCCAGACCACAAGGGUCUGAAGCAAUAAUGGAACCUCAGCAGUGCCAGUAGGGAUAGGGAUUCUUGUUUUACCAGCCUUUACAUUUACUUUUUAUUUUUUAAAAACAAUUUAACAAGCACUUGGAUCUUGGAGUGAGGCGACUACAACAUCACCCCACUUUUCAGGGCUGGUGGGGGCCAGGGGCUCAGCAUCAUGGCUUCCUGCUAGAGAUCUGCUGGGGUUAGGUUUCAGGUCCAGAAUCUGGGCCUUCCCCCUCCUUAGCAAACUCUGGGCUCCCUGGUCCUGGGCCAACUUGGUGAGGGGAGUGACCAGAGAGAGGUGGGCCUCAAGCCCCAUAUCCAUCAUCUGGGAUGGCACGUGGGGUCACAGCUGCCAUGAUGCCCCUCACAGGGGCUCAGCAAUGAAUAAAACCUGCGCCCAGGCUUGUGGACCCUUGAUGUCUGGUCACACGUGGCCACCCCACAGACCCCGAGAGUGUGGGGAAUGCAGGCGGGUGAGUGAGGAGAGUGGAGGGGAAUAAAGUCAGUACAACUGUCCCUUGGUCCAGCCUCUUCUUUCCACUCUGCCUGCCUGACUACUGGCUGGAAGGAUGUGCAAAGGCAGCAUGGAGCCCGACAGUUCGCGGCAGAGCACGUGGACAUGUGUCCUGGAACAUCUGCACGCCCCAUCUUCCUCCCUUAGGGGUGGUGGGCUUCAGGAAACACCCAGAGUCGGGAGCUGAGGCUAGGACAGAAAUGCACCCCUGAACAGAUGCUGGUGCUUGGGCAGGAUGCAGGCAGAGGGUCGUGAGGGAGGAGCGGUUCUGGGGCAACUAAGGUUGAGGCCCCAAAGACAGUGCCCCCUGCAGGCCACGCUCCCUGCAGGUGCGGUUUUCCCUGAGCACCAGGCAUGUCACCCAGGGGCCCCACGACAGCACGGACCAGCUUCUCCUUUCAUGUGCUCUGCUCUGGAAGUGCCCGCUGGGCUAUAUGAACCCAUCAGAAGCCUGAUGUCAGAGGUGCUGACGUGAGCACCCGGCAGGACAAAAACAGACAGAAGACAGAGAGGCCUCCCCAAUGAGGGAGAAGGUGGCGCCCUCUGGGGACCUCAGGAUUCUUUCAUUGUGUGGCUACUGUAUGCAGCACUGGCUGGAGUGAAGUCUAGGCCCAGGAGAGACAUGGUACAUGGGGCUCCUGUGUCUGACUUAGCCCCAGAUAUAUGGAGAGGUCCCCAGGACUGGGAAGGGGCUGCGAGAGGAGGCUGCUGGGUGGCCCAUUAACCAAUUAGGCCAGGUGCAGGUUCCCAGGAUGUGGACACCACCUUUCCAUAGUCCAUGUCUUUGACUGGAAGGAACUGGUCACCCUAAAAAAAGGGGCCUGACUGCUCCUGGUCUCUUGUGGGUCUCUGCUUCUCUGUGUGUGCUCUCCUCCUUGCUACCCACCCCUUUGCAUGAGGCCUCUCUCCACAUUCUUUCUCCUUCAGUGCCACCGCCACCCACCUCUUUCUCCUACUUCAUGCUCCAGAGAGUCUGGGACACACGUCACUUUAGGCUGGGAAGCAGAGGCCGCCAAGUGGCCAUGGGCUGUGGAUGCAGGCACCAAGGUGGCAUCUCUCAGGCACUCACUGUCUCCAGUUUUGUUCUUUGGGACGAAAUGGCUUAACUCCUCGUGCCCUGGAACUCGAGUCAGAGCAGCGCUGGUCUGCUGGAGAAAGCUGGGCUUCCUCCCCCGGACAGCACAGCCGGGGUCAGCGAGAUGAGGAAGCAACAUACCAGCGGCUUAGCUGUGCCCGUGGGCUUACCCGGAAUACAUGGCUUUCUAGAGCCCUGACUGGAGAGUGAGUCAGGACAGACUGUGUCCUGACAAACCACUUCCCACCUCAGCACUCAAUACCCAGCAGGACAGCUUUGAUCUGGUGUCUCCACAUGGGCAGAUUCUCUUACUGACCACAGCUGUCACGUCCUGAAGAUACCCUGCAGUUUCUCUUCACGCACAACUUUCUGAGGAAGCUGACGACCUGAGGACACGGAGUCUUGGAGAGGUAAAGUAACUUGUGCUUGGCUGGGAAGUGUUGGAGCCAGGACUCAAACCCAGGUCUGCGUGAUUCAAAAAACCACUGAGCAGGGCCACAUCCCCACAUUCAACUGGGCAGAGUGUGACCCCCAGCAGC